AUGUCUAAAGAUAUCGAAACGACCAUUAACUUUAUCCUAUCCAAUUCAGGCAUCCGGUCUAUGACUGGAACGGCAGACUUCUACACCAACGCCAAAGAUAAACGAGCUGUUAAGAUCUAUGACCCUCGUGGCAAGCACGAGUUUAAGCUAUCAAAAAAUGGUUUCUGCCAUACUACCUUUCCGAGCGUGCACAUUUUGAUCUCAGAUCCCACAAUUAUAAAACUAGAUGUCUAUCCCGAGAUAGCUAGGCUUCUGGAGACUAGCAUCCAGCCGCCUCCAACCCGCAUCAAAGUCGUCUCCAACACCAUUAGAUCCUCCGUUACAGAUGUCAAUAGCGAAUACACGGGUACGCCAGGCCUUGCGCGAGCGGCCCACCUUGAUCAUACUUCUUCUGGUGCGAAAGUCUAUCUGUACGAGAAGCCCCCCGAGGAAGAAGCCUCCCGGCUAUCUCGGACAAGGUGGGCUAUCAUCAAUGUGUGGCGUCCAUUGAAGACCAUCUCACGCGACCCCCUGGCCGUCUGUGAUGGUUGUACCCUGCAAGAAGGUGACCUGCUCCCAAAGGGCAUGAAAUACUCUGCCAAUAUCAGAGCUAAGGAUCAUUCGGGAAAAGCUGAGGACCACAGUAAGACAACCAUUCAUCAGCUGUCCGAACCCUCGUGUUUCUGGUCCAUACUCGGGUUCGUCAUUCGCAAAGCCCAGGCAAUCGGUCUCCAUCGCGAUGGGAUGUCGCUAGGCCUCUCUCAAUACGAGUGUGAAAUACGUCGUCGUGUCUGGUGGUAUCUGGUUGCUCUUGAAAUCCGCGCGUCCGAGCUAGCGGGGGCUGUUAACUCGGUCGUCUCACAAUCCUGGGACACUAAUUUCCCAACAAAUAUUGACGAUCAAGAUCUCCAUCCCGAGAUCAAAAUUCUGACAUCAGCCGCGGACAGGCUGACUGACAUGAGUUUCUGUCUAUUUCAGUACGAGGCUGUUCGUCUGUUCCGGUCCGUGUAUCUCGAAACAUCACCUGAGGUCAUGCUGCGGACCAAUCCUCGCAUGCUGCUUUCCCUUGCGCGAAUCAAGGUUUUCCGCAGGACAGUAGAAGACAAAUUUCUUCGCUUCUGUGACCCGGUGAUUCCCAUGCAUUUUAUGCUUAACUCUUUCGCGCGCUUGACCCUAUGCAAGAUGGAAGCUUCCUCUCAGGAAAUUCGGCCCAAGGCGCGGAAAAACCAGCAUUCAUCCUUGUGGGACUCGGAUUCCAAGUUGACUUACGGCCUACGGAUGUUGGAAUAUGACCGGCUACUGCACUCAAACCAGUCUGUGCAUGGGUUUCGCUGGUUUAUUUAUGCCCAUUUCCCUUGGGGUGCUCUCAUCUGGUUGCUCCAGGCGAUGCUAACCAAAGAUCUGGGCAUGAGAGAAGAAAAUACAUGGCACCACGUCAAGACACUAUACCAGCGCUAUCCGGAGAUGUAUAACGAAGAUCGUGGACUACAUCGCUUGGUGAAUACCCUUGUUCUUCGGGUCUGGUGCCUUCGACAGACACUCCGCAAAGGGGCAGCCUUACAAAGCGAAGUGGAAGCAGCACCUCAUUUCAUCACCGAACUACUGUCGAAACCUUACAUCCGCAACGACCAAGCCGCACCGGUGGGGUCCCCUGAAACACUUCAUAACAAGGGUGCUAACGGUGUAACUCCUUUCAUGAGCGAGACUACAACAACGGAGCAUCUCGAAAAUUGGGAUCAGUCGAUGUUUAUAUCCGCUGCGUCACCGGAAUCAAGUUUCGAUUUCGGCGCCUGGCUUAUUUGA